ACGUGCUUCUCACAAUACCGCGCUUUUAGUUUACAUUUUGCAUCCCCUUCAUGUGCGCACCGGUUUUAAACGCAUUGUUCUUGAUAAGCGCGCAUUGGUGAGCGCAAGACACUGACUACAGGAACAGAAGGUGCUUAAGACUCCGUUUGGAACUCACACACACGAUGAGCGCGCGCGAUGAGGAAGCCGCCGGCGAAGCUUCAGGAUCGCAGGAGCAAACCGAGCCCGAGCCUGCCCCUGCCGAGCCAAAGAAAAGGGGACCGGGUAGACCCAGGAAGCCGCAACAGGAACCCACAGGAGAGCCUGUCCCCAAACGACCGAGGGGACGCCCCAAAGGAAGCAAGAACAAGGGCCCCUCCAAAGCAGUGCAGAAGAAAGCUGAGACCACAGGGGAGAAAAGACCUAGAGGAAGACCCAGGAAAUGGACAUUUAGGACAGCCACCAAAGGCUCAUCAGGACUGCUUCAUCCGUCUAAGGCAUUCGUCAGGUUCAGAAUGACCCCUGUUGAGAUGGAUGCAUUGAGCAUCACGCUUUCAGAUGGGAAAUCCAGCAGUCAGAGGAUGUAG